AUGCCCCUAUUUCGAGAUCCGGAUCGGCGGCGUCAUUAUCUACGGUCACCCGAGCAUGACCAUGAACAGCCAACCACAGGGUCCUCGCAGCCCGAGCUAAAUGAUCUCAAUCACUGUGAAAUAGCUGCUCCAGAAAUGGCGACCAACUCUAUGCAUCCAACGGCGUUGAAUCCGCCCAAGGCGUGGGCAAAUGAUCGGGAGGAACUCAUACAUCGUAUCAAAGAAUCUUCGCCUUGGAGACUUCAACACAUGUCCCCGGAUAGGGAAAGCAAUGAUUUAUUUGUUUCUCGAAUCUCACGGGGGCAGUCACAACCAGCAGUAAGAGAGCAUGGAGACCGCUCUCUUAACCAAGAACAUCACAUAAUCGCGACAGAGGAACUGGGAUCGCCGGCCGAUAUCCAAAGACCUCGAUCAGCGUUACACUCGGGUGACUUCAAUGAAGGAGCCACACAUCCCCAUGACUCACACUCUCCUCGAUCUCCUUUGAAGGAGCAGACUUCGGUCUCUUCCUUUGCUGAUCUAAGGUCCUCCCCCACUACUCCUUGGUUCGGAGCACCGGCCUUGCCACCCGAUUUGCGAAAGACAAGCACAUCGAAUGAACAUUAUCAGUCCAAUGUCAUCGUGAAUGCUCGUGCUCGUGCACCGUCGGUGGGCUCAUUCUCAUCAAGUUAUGUUCUGAAAGCUCCUACCAGUCCUCUGGUAUACCAAGCAAAUAACACCGACUUGGACGUUUCGGGGCCUUUGGAGAGAGCAAACCGUCGCCGUACUUUGCCGCCGGAGACUUUUGGGAAUCUACAAUUCUCUCCGCCAAGCGAUGAAAUUUCCCACCUGGGUAGUCCAUCUCCGGGACGGCAGCAAGAUAUAUUUACCAAUCAAACGCCUUUGCCUCGCCGGUCAUUGACUUCGGCAUAUAGUCUUCAACUCGCACCAUCCCCCGGGGGACAGAUCCCACCAUCGCGAGUAAGAAGGCCGUCUUUUAUCUCUGACAUCUCGUCAAAAUCCCACGCGCCGAUGGUGGGGUCUUACGAGGAGUCGAUAUUGUGCGGGAGAAUGUCAAUGAAUCCUUCCAAGCCGCUGGAUUUCAUGGCUCAGAUCGGUGUCCUAGGCAAGGGAAAAUGCAAAGGCCAUCUCAAAUGUCCGCCACAUAUCACAGUGCCAUUUCCGGCUGUUUUCUACAGCUAUCCGACCUCGGGAUGCGGCCGCUCAAUCUCAGACGACAACCCGAGUCCCUAUGUGGGAACAAUUGACCUGGAAAAUGCCCUUCCGAAAGAGAAUCCCAAUCCGAAUCGACGUCGUAGGCGACAUCCAAGUCCUAGGGGACCUCAUGAAGGCAUUGCCGCCACAGAAGGACCAAGCGAUAUUCGCACGCCUGGUGCUGAGUCACCACGUCUCCGAGAAAAGAAGAAUCGCAGGUCAGAAUCGCCUAAAUGUCCCCCAGGAGGGUCUUACCGGAUUCCGCAACAAGGUCAACUACAAAUCAUAAUCAAGAACCCGCACAAGACUGCGGUCAAGCUUUUCCUAGUUCCAUACGAUCUCACUGAUAUGGAACCUGGUACAAAGACCUUUAUUCGGCAACGCAGCUAUUCGGCAGGUCCGAUCAUCGAUAUGCCGCUCAGUGCACGGAAGAAUCUUGGGACAGAUCGCCCGGAAGCUUCCUUGAAUCCCACACAAGAUCCUCAGGACAAACCCACUUUGCGAUACCUCAUUCAUCUGCACAUCUGUUGUCCCGCGCGCGGUCGUUUUUACCUACAUCCGUCUAUUCGCGUGGUGUUUGCAAACCGCGUCCCGGAUGGCAAGGAGAAACUACGCAAUGAGAUACAAAUUCCUGAGCCUCGGUACACUCCGUACAAGCCCGCUUCCAUCUCGAGUACUGCGAGCGCAAAUACCAGCCUGGGAAUUGAACAAACUUCCCGCGGACUAACUGUGGACCAGGGAGCAAUCCCUCACCUUCGCCCACAUGUGUCGUCUCCCAGCCAGUUCCCCUCGCAGCUAGACGUGCGAGGUUCCUUGAAUGUUGCAGGUGGCCCUGAAAAUACUCCUUCCUCGCAUAGGGUGUCUCCGUACAACAAGCUCACCAAGGACAACGAGGAUUACGGACGUCAUCCCUUUAUCUCGAAUCCAAGCAGUCCAGAACCAGGCGAAAGCCUACUCUCCAAGAGACUCCGAGGCUUGGAUGUGCGCAGGCAGGAGAUCACAGUAGAUGAACAGCAUCCACGCAAACUAGGCUUCUAUGAUCGACCAUCUCCCACCCACAACCACCAUCCCCGCUAA